GACUUUCCGAUUUUGUGUCAAACAUGCCUCGGCUCAAAUCCUUAUCUGCGAAUGAUGAAAGAUCGACACGGGGCUGAAUGCAAAAUUUGCCAACGGCCAUUUACAAAUUUUCGCUGGAUGCCUGGGAAAGGAAUGCGAUAUAAAAAAACAGAAGUUUGUCAGACUUGUGCAAAAUUAAAGAAUGUUUGUCAGACUUGCCUACUUGAUCUUGAAUUUGGUCUUCCUGUGCAAGUCCGCGAUCAUGCAUUGCAAAUCGAAGAUAAUCUUCCAAGGCAAGGAGCAAAUCGUGAUUUUUACAUCCAGAAUCAAGAAAGAGAGUUGGCGCUAACCGAUGGAACUACUCCUGUUGCAACAAUUGCAAAAAUUGUUGAUGCUGGAUCAAACGAUUUGUUGCGAAAACUUUCCCGCAAUCAGCCAUACUAUCAAAGAAAUAAACCACAUAUAUGCUCAUUUUUUGUUAAGGGUGAAUGUAAGAGAGGAGAAGAGUGCCCAUACAGACAUGAGAAGCCGUCUGAUCCCGAUGAUCCUUUGAGUCAUCAGAAUAUGCGUGAUCGAUACUAUGGUAAUAAUGAUCCAGUUGCCGAAAAGUUACUAAAUCGUGCUAAAGUAAUGCCUAUUUUACAUCCUCCUGAAGACGAAUCAGUCACAACGCUUUAUGUGGGAGAUAUAGGCCCACCUGGUACAAUCACAGAAGCUGAUUUGCGGGAUUAUUUUUAUCAAUUUGGUGAAAUUAGAAGCUUAAAUAUAUUACCAACUAAAGGUUGUGCGUUUAUUGCAUUUACAACACGGCUUGCUGCUGAAAAAGCAGCUGAACGUUCAUUCAAUAAGUUGGUUUUACAAGGCAGACGACUUAAGAUUAGAUGGGGAAGGCCACAAGCAACAGUUCGUUCUGAAGAGAAUAGAAAGUUAGAAAAUGUCGCUGCUUGUCCUGCUCCAGAUCUGUUUGAUGAUGAUGGUGAUGAACCAGCAAAGCGUCAGCGUUUUGAUCAUAUACCUAUGCCGCCAAUGCCUCCUUCAACAUUUGCACCGCCAGCACAAAUAAUUGUACCUCAAGUACCUUAUACUGUUAAUCCUAUAAAUUACAAUCCAACACCAAAAAUUUAUUAUCCAAGCCAGGAUCCUCAGCGAUUAGGAGCCAAAGGGGAUGUCACAGACUGA